CGACGCAGGGCAAAGGGACAGCCUCCUAUUGUGGUGCGAGGCGUGCUAUUCAAAGCGAACCACAGCUAUCGACAACCCGUAUUGUGAUCCAGAAGGGGAAGAAUUAGACGCGUCGACUCUGCCCAGCAAAAUAGUGUCGUUCACAGCAUUAGAAGAAGAGUUGCGCCGGCUUGGGCAACAGGCAGGAUGGACAGAUUUCUCAAUCGUGGUUCAUGACCUCUGGCAGGGAGAAGAUGAAGGAAUGCGGAGAAUUUGCUUAGAGCUCAGCACUCUAGUCCAUGAACAUACGGGAUACAAAUUUACGUCCAG